AUGUUCAACCGAACUACUGUGACCGAGUUCCUUCUCCUGGCGUUUUCUGAUGUUAGGGAGCUGCAAAGUUUGCACUUUGUGGUGUUUCUAAUGAUUUACCUGGCAGGCCUGCUGGGGAAUCUUCUCAUCAUCAUAGCCAAAGCCUUUGACCACGACCUUCACACUCCUUUGUACUUCUUCCUGGUCAAUCAGGCCAUCCUAGACCUCGGCUCCAUCUCUGUCACCAUCCCCAAACCCAUGGUCAAUUCCCUCAUGAACACUAGGGUGAUUUCUUAUUCUGGAUGUGUCACCCAAGUCUUUCUCUUCAUGUUCCUUGGUUCAGCUGAUCUCGGCGUCCUGACUAUCAUGGCAUAUGAUCGAUAUGUCGCCAUCUGCCAACCACUACAAUACGAGAGAGUGAUGAACAGGAGAGUUUGUAUACAAAUGGCAGCCAGUGCCUGGAUCAGUGGUAUUCUUUACUCUGCUCUGCACACUGGGAACACAUUUGUAAUAUCCUUCUGUGGAGGUAACAGAGUGGAUCAGUUCUUCUGCCACAUCCCCCAGCUACUCAAGCUCGCCUGCUCUGAUACAGACCUCAAUGAAAGUGGUGUUAUUGCCUUUAGUGCAUGUUUAGUCUUAAGCUGCUUUGUUUUAAUAAUUGUGUCAUAUGUUCAGAUCUUCAAAACUGUGCUGAGAAUCCCCUCUGAGCAGGGCCGGCAUAAAGCCUUCUCCACCUGCCUGCCUCACAUUACAGUUGUCUCUUUGUUUAUUUUUUCUGGCAUCUUUGCCUACCUGAAAUCCAACUCCAGUUCAACAUCACGUCUGGAUCUUGUGGUGGAUGUUUUCUAUUCUGUGGUGCCUCCAGUGAUGAAUCCGAUCAUCUACAGCAUGAGGAACAAGGAGAUCAAAGCUGCCCUGAGGAAAUUGAUUAGACAGAGGUUAUUCAUGAUCAAUAAAAUGUUCAUCUUUCUCCUUUGAUUUUAAUUUCCUUCUGUGCUUCCAGGGGUGCUGGAACAAUUUUUAUAGUGGGGGUGCUAAGAGUCAUUGAACCAAACUUUAUAAACCCUGCAUAUAAUAGAAACUAUUUCAAGCCAAGGGGUGCUGCAGCACCCCUCACACCCUUAGUUCCACCACCCCUGUUUGUUUCUUUACAAAUAAAUCAACUGAUGACAUUUUUGUCUCCAUGAGCACAUGAUUUGCCAUCUCUUUAUACACAAAGGGGAAUUUGCAUGGGGAAAAAUGAAAACACCACUCGAGUCAGUGGAGCUACCAUAAAUUUAUACCAGUGUGAAUAAUAUCAGCAUCUAUUUGUCUGUCUGUCUGUUUAUCUAUCACAGGAUUGUAUACUGCCACCCAUCAUCAUGCUAUCUGAGCACCUUCUAUAUAAAAUCGGCAGCCAUAUCAAAGUCCUUAGUGGACUUCAUGGAGUCCCUGACUCUUCUUUUUGGGGGUACAAAAUUGGAUUGCAGUAUCAGUGCAAUAGCUGUUGGUUUUUUGCUUCUGACUCUGAUUUUUAGUUUAUAUUUUUUUUACCUAAUCGGUAGGUGGGUUUAUUUCUUUCAUUGUUCCAUUGUUUUUAAGGUGGGACUGACUGGGAAGAUGGUAAGUGUUCAUUGAGACAGCCUUGUCAAUGGUUUGUUACCUAUUGGGGGUGCCCCUACUUCACCUCUUGAUGGGGUUUUCUGCGCGAGCUGCAAAUUUUCUUUCUACAACGAUAAAGGUGUGACAAGUGUCUGCAUGGUUGAGUUCCUAUUGAAAUAAUUACAUGAAUACAGCUGGGGUAUUACUGUGUUAUUAAUGAUGUGUUAGGGAACCAAGAGCCUUAGGUAGACAUCUUUUUAAUUAUUGUAACUUAAAUAAAUAAAUCCAUGCUGUGUCAUC